AUGCUGCCCAGCUCCAUCCAGAUCUCCGGGGAGCCGCUAUCGAGCGCCGAGGUGAGGGACAUUUGUCGUGGCCUGAGGGACAACGCCGUGCGCCUGCUGUCCCUGCGCGGCUGCCGCCUCUGCGACCGUGACUUCGCCCGCAUCUGCCGCGCCCUGGCCGGAGCCUCGUCCCUGGCGCAGCUGAACCUCAAUCUGGGCGUCGUGUCCAGCCCCGGGCGCGUCAAGCAGCUGGCCGAGGCCCUCAGGGUCAACCGCUCCGUCCAGUCCCUCUUCCUUCAUGGGAGCCCCCUAACAGAUGCCGGAUUGGCCCUGCUCAACCCCGCCCUGGCCCUGCACCCUGCCCUCGUGGCCCUAGACUUGGGGGACUGCAUGCUGGGGGAUGAAGCCAUCAAUCUCAUCUGUGGUCUCCUGCCCCCUGAUGGGGCUAAGUCAGGCCUUAAGGAGCUGACCCUGAGUGCCAAUCCAGGAAUCACCCCCAAGGGCUGGAGCAGACUUGCCAUCGCUGUGGCCCACAGCUCCCAGGUCCGAGUCCUCAAUCUGGACUACAACCCCUCAGGUGACCAUGUGGCAGGGAUGCUGGCUGUGGCUGUGGCCUCCAGCCGCACCCUCGAGGUCCUGGAUUUGGAGGGGACUGGGCUUACCAACCAGUCAGCCCAGACCCUGCUGGACAUGGUGGAGAACUAUCCCACAGCUUUGCGGAGCCUGGUGUUAACUGAGAACAGCAUCAGCCCAGAGCUGCAGCAGCAGAUCUGUGACCUGCUCUCGGAGGGCGAGGAGGAGGAGGAGGCGGCUGCAGGGGGAGACAGCGGCCGGGUCCAGGAUAGGGAGCGAGAUGGGGAACUCAGUGCUCGCCAGAGGGGCGGAUCCUGGAUCUGCCCCAGCGAUCCUGGCUCGCAGAUGGUGCUGAUGACAUCAGGGCUGGGAGAGAGUCUGUUGGCUGAGACUGAGAUGUGAAUCCUGCCAUUGCACCCGCCCCAACCCCAUCCUCCACGAGCCCCGUGUGUGUGUCCUCCCGUUGUGAGCAGGGCAAAGCCCGAGGGUCUCCAGGGGGUGGCGCCCGGGGCUCCGGCAGUCCCCGGCUGCAGGGUGGGCAGGCGGGUGGCUCUGCGACUGACUAACUGGCCCUCGGGCGGCCCCUGUUCCCGGGCAGUGCCCCGGCUGAAGCCCGCUGGCUCGGUAGAUUUUAUAAACUCCACAACCUGGUGUGUGGCUAUGGUCACUGGGGGUGGGUGGGCGAGGGCUCAGAGGGCUCGGGAGGAGCGGUGACGACACAGCAGGCGCUGUCUGCGGCGCAAGAGCUACGGGAGAAGCCAGAUCCGGCCCCACUAGGGGGCAGCAACGCCCCUCCGCACCGGCUCUGGGCCUGCCUUUUAACCGUUUCCGGUCCCAUUUCUGCAGCCCCGGAGCUACAAAGGUUUUCCCGCAUUUAAUCUUCACAACGCUGUAGGCGGGUAGCGCUGUUAACCUCAUAAAGCUAACUAAGAAGCUAA